UGGCACUCGUUCGAGGGGGGCUCUGCGAGCGAUUGUGAAUUGGUUCGUGCGUCAUCGACCGAUCGAUCCGCUGGGAAAUCGUCCUUCGUCGUGAGAGUCGAACACGGAGCAAGUGCGCCGUGGCUGUGCGAAAUUGAGGCGAGGAGGCGCCAUCGAGCGAGUGAUGGUGAGGGGAGGCGGUCAGCUGCUGUCUUUGCUCAGGGCCGUGGGCGGCCAAUGUGACAAGCUGCGAAGCAGUAGCAGUUCGGGCCGCGGUCUCACAUCCGAUCUUCAGUCUCGGACGAGGGCCUGGGGCGCGCCCGUCGUCGAAGGGGUUGCUGGAAGCAGAGGCAUUUGCCAGGAGCCGCAGAUCGCCGCGCUGAGAGGGUCGGGGCUGAAUUCUGCCCGUUUCUGCACGGUUGCCGAGUCCGGCGAUGUUGCGACUCCUCCGGUGCCUGUUGUUGUCAAGGAGAAGUCGUAUUAUGUUCCUGCACGACACCCCGGAGCGCCAGAUCCCAAGCCCAGGAAUGACAGGUUCUUUCGGGCGGGCAAUAAUUCGACCGUGGCUCACAUGGUCAGGUUGUUGGAAGCCGCUCCCAGCAACGCCGAUGUGGAGAAAAUCCUGGAUGACCGAAUUGCUGAGCUUACAGAGACCAAGCGCUGGCCCUGGAUGCCUCUUCUGGAUGCAUUGCAACGAGGACCCAAGCCGUAUCUGGCCCUAGAGGUCUUCAACUGGAAGAAAGACAAGUUUGAUGGAGGAGAUCCAAAAGAGUACGCGAAGAUGAUUUCGACUGCGGGGAAGCUCAAUCAACUCGACUUGGCUACGACUCUGUUCAAGCAAAUGGAGUUGAAAGGCGUGAAACGCAUUCCUAUCACUUGUAAUGCACUCAUAAGCGCAUAUUCGAAGAACAACCAGGCCGACCAAGCCAUUGCCCUGUUCAAAGAAAUGCAAGAGACCGAUGACUGCAAACCUACGCUUGUAACUUACAAUACCCUGAUUGCGAUGUACAGCAAAUUGAGUGUACAGGACAUGGAACUUUACUUCGAGGCCUGUAAGGAAGCCGGUUUUUUCCCUGACAGACUUACCUACAACUCGCUCAUCUGGGGUUACAUGAGGGCUGGUAUGUUCGACAAGAUGGAGGAGAUUUACGAGCAGCUCAUGAAGGCAGGUUGUAAACCUGACCCGAUCACUUUCAGCGCCCUCAUCAUCGGGUUUUCAAAGGCCUCUGCACUGGACAAGAUGGAAGCGGCCUUCAGUCAUAUGCAGGAGGAAGGAUUCGCGAUCAACGCCAUGAUUGCUGAAAUCAUGGUGGAGUUUUAUGCUGCAGAGAGACACUUCGAGAAGAUGGAAAGAAUCAUGAAGAUUGUUGCCAAUACUCCAGGCACGUCGUGCACCUCACGAAUUUAUGGCUUGGCCAUCGAAGCCUAUGCUCAGACACGUCGUAUCGAAGAAAUGGAACGAACUAUUGACGUUAUGUUGGCCAGCAGGAGGCUCUUCACCACUCCCAAGACAUUAGAGUCGGUGAUCGAAGCCUAUGGUGAGAAGUCCGACUUUGAAGGGCUCGAGAAGACCUUGACCCGGGUGAAGGGCUUGGGAUGGACCUAUCAGCUGACCACUUUCCACACCUUACUGCACGAGUAUGGGAAGGGCAGAAUGUUUGACAAGAUGGAAGACGUCUUUGAUGAGAUGAAGAGAGCUGAAGACGCCCAACCGACAGCGGAGACCUACCAAAUUCUAGCAGACUCAUAUGACAGCGCUGGUGAAGGAGAUAUGUUGAUGAGGACGGUUGAGAGAAUGCGUGAAGCUGGAUUCAACACUCAACCAGUCACUGAUAAAGAGGUCGACCGUGCAUGGACCGACGACGAAAUUUUCGGUGGAAAGAGACGGUGACCAACAAGAGUUUUGAUUCCUUUCUUGCUACUCAUCAUCUUAGGCUGUUUAAGUCUUAGGCUCUCCCUAUAUUCCACUGGAAUCACUUCAGGACAGCCACUUUCUGACUUUUUUCUGCCCUCCACACGAGGCUUAUUUCAAAAGCCUUUGCAGUGAAGGAGAGGCCGGCACGUAGCACUUGCUGUUAUCUGCAUAUUGUAGAGGGAAGACGUAGGAAUUCAAAUUUUUAGCUUCAUACGAUCAGAAAUAUGAUGAUGUAGAAACUGUUUCUCGUCACAUUCACUUUAAUCUUGGUUGUGCGAUCUAUGUAAGAGUUUUUGGGCUUGUGGACUGUAAGAUGCGUUAGCCUCAUACUGAAUGACGAGUAUGUGGUGUGUUUCUGUUUUAUCAUUACUCGUAUUAGUUCAUGGCCUAAUUCUUGCUUGUAGUCAUGUACCGAGAAGUUGUAAUGCUGUGACC